UUUGGUUUUCACAACUUGAAUAUUUUCCGGGUGACCUAAACGCAGCACCAGAGUCACAUACCUGGAGCGAAGCUAAGUCAGGAUGUCUGAGAAGGAGCUCGGUAAAAAGUGGGACCGGUGCCUCGCAGACGGUGUUAUUAAACUUGGAACUGGGUUGGGGUUAGGAAUUGUGUUUUCUGUCCUGUUCUUCAAACGGCGCACAUGGCCGAUCUCUUUAGGCUCAGGAGCCGGACUUGGCAUGGCCUAUGCCAACUGUCAGAACAACUUGAGGUCGCAUUAUCUGCAGCACAGAAUUGAAGCGGAACAGUAACUGGGAGUCACUGCAAUGAUGUUAUUUUGCUUGUGGGAGUGUCACCAUUUGCACUGUUCUACAGUUUGAAACACGCGUCUCUAUGGAUUGUCCUUCCAUAGACCGUAUGAUUUGUAUCUGCAUGAUCAGGACUCUUUUUAUUUAAUAAAAUCAACAUGACCAUGAAAAGA